UAUCUACGAAAACCCACCGAGGGGCCCCAAACUCUCCAAAUUGCUGAACAUCGUCACUCCAACCACAUCGAUUGAGACUCCAUCGCCAUUGCCAAUGUCGGCGUACAAGGGCCAUCGCGGACCCAACGUGUCCCAGUACAUCGCCAACUUGAACACGCUCUCGCCGCCGCAACAGCCAGAUUUGCUUUCCGAGGCCCCGGCUGUCCCGGAAGACUUCUCAGCCUUCCUCAACACGGAUUUCUUCGAUGUCAACGGUGGCACCAACGUGGACUUGCAAUCGCCCAUUGACUUUGACGUCGACUUCGACACCCAGCAAGCAGGGCAACCGACUGCGGCAAAGAAGAUGCGCGCUUCUGUCUCCAGCGCCAACGUCGAGCCCAACAUGGAUUUCAAUCUGACUGACGACUUCCAAUUUACAGACUUCAACAACUUCGGCACAGCCCCCAUCCUCGACCCGUCUAUGCAGAGCCUGUCACAGCCUCAGUCAGACCACUACCCCCUCCCGCCAAACUUCUCGUCUGCCUCGGCCCUCUCCCCGGACUUCGAUCAGUUCACCUCCAAGAAGCGCAAGCUCGACGACAUCGUCCCCGGCACGCCCCAAGCCCUCGAUGAAUCCGCCCGCGGCGCCGCCGAGGAGGACAAACGCCGCCGCAACACGGCGGCAAGCGCCCGCUUCCGCGUCAAGAAGAAGCAGCGCGAGCAGGCGUUGGAGAAGUCGGCCAAGGAAAUGUCAGACCGCGUCACCGCCAUGGAGGCCCGCAUCCAGCAGCUCGAGACGGAGAACACAUGGCUCAAGGGCCUCAUCACGGAGAAGAACGGCGGCAAGAGCUCGACCAGCGAACUCCGUGCCCUGAUAAGUAAGCGCGAGGAGGGCGCCAGCGGACGGAGUAGCUCGAACCGCACCGAUGGCGUGGGCACCGAGGAUGCCAGCCCAAAGGCGGCUGCCUAAAAUCUUCCCACUUCUUUUUUGCUUGACGUUUUGAUUGUUUCUUUUUCUUCUUUUUUUCCUUUUUAUAUGCGACCAUAUCUGCUGCGAUUUGCUGAUUGGUCGUCGGCAUGUCGCGCUUAUGCUGGUCUCCGCUGCUGCAUGGUCUACAUGGGUUUACGCUGGGGAUGAUGGCACAUGAAGCUAUGAGUAG